GACCGCCGCAGCCGCGAGCGAGGCCUGGCCCGCCUCAAGCUUCUUCGAGGAUCGGGCUUGGGGCCACCCGCGGCAGCUCGCGUGGGUGAUGAGACGACUGCUGCCGCCUACACAGGCCAAGCGGUCCCAUGGCGAGGCAUCUGCUGGUCUCCCACAGGGGCCCGCCGGCAGCCGCCCAGUCAAGGAGCCGCGGGUCUCCCGGGUGCUGCAGGCGCCGCAUCGCCAGGCGUGCUCCGCCCCCCGCGACGGCAGCCGGGGGUUGCCGCCUCCGACGCACCGCCGCCUGGCGGGGGCCGCCUCAGCGCGGACGCUACUCGCCAGCGCCGAUCGGAGCCGCAAGCUGCAGAUCCUGGCGCGGCGGGCGCGGGCGAGGACCCGCCGAGCGGCCGUCGAGGCGGGGGGCCGCGAGAUGCAGGAGGAGCUCGAGCUGAAGGGGAUCAUGGUGAGCCUCCUCGAGAUGAAGUCCGUCGGCAAGCAGUCGAUCCCCUACUAUCUCCAGAAAUUCAGGGAGUUCUUGGACUUCGUGGUCGACCACGGGUUCGACCUCCACAAGGACGAGGACGUGGGCGCGGCGUUGGUGCACCUGAUGGACCUGUUGUACUUGGAUGGGUGGCAGAUCGACCAGGGCGAGAAGCUGCCCGCGGCGGUGAAGCUCGGCAUCCCGCGCUUCUCCAGAGCCGCCCCCGUGGCCUGCCGCUUCGGGCUGCCGCGCGCGUGGGUCGUCGCGAUCAUCGCGGCGAUGCUCUGGCGCGGGAGGCUGGAGAGCGCCCGCCGGGUGGUGGUGAUGCACGAUGCGUACCUGCGCACUGGCGAGGCGACACGGCUCCGGGCCGAGGACUUCGUCCCACCGGUCGGAGACCAUCGCGGCCACGAGCGCGGCGUGCUCAUCCUCGGCUCCUCGAGCGCCGGGGUCCCCACCAAGACGGGCGUGCUGGACGACGCGGUCACCCUGUCGGACUGGGACUUUCCAACCAGCAAGGUACUGGGGCUUUUGAAGGCCCAGCGGGCCCCGCACGAGCCCCUGUUCGUCACGAAGCCCGCUGCCUUCAGGAAGGACUUCGAUCAGGCGUGCCUCGACCUCGGGCUCGACAAGCGGAACCUCACGAGCUACCAGCUCCGCCGCAGCGGCCCGAGCCGAGACGCCCUUCUCGGGCGCCGCACGCUUCCCGACAUCAUGAAGCGCGGCAGGUGGGCCACCCUCUCUUCGGUGAAGAGGUGCGAGAGGCGCGGAGUGAUGCAGAAGGCGCUGGCCAGCAGCCCGAAGGAGCUGCUCGAUUUCGCCGCGGCUGUCGAGUCCUCCAUCGUGGGG